CCAUGACUCACGAAUGUUCGUUCGCACGAUUUUCACCACCCACGCUCGGCGUGAUACGUAGGGCGAUGCUUUUGUUUUAAUUAAACUGUAUACUAUUCACCCGCGAUAUAUAACGUCGCGUGGAACGUGAUGAUUGCAAGACCAAUAAGAAAAUGACGGUAUUCCUCGACGGUCUCAACAACGCUCCGGAUAACACGGACGUGAAUAAAUCAGGACGAGAUUCCGCGCUCGUGUCCACCCCCGUGCCCAUGAAAAUGGCGAUAAAAAAGAAUGACGUCUUUUACAAUUGGCGCGUUUGAUGCGAGCCCGCGGAAUGGGAUGGGUCCAUCCAAGAAUGAAAGUCGCAUUCCCUUUACGCACAGCGUACAGCUCGACCGCGCGGCGCGCUGCCGCUGCCCGCGAUACACCCGAACAAAAGGGAAUAAAACCGAGGCACGUUGUCGCCACCAUUAUUUCAAAGACUGCCUCAUUUCAUCCUUGAUGCCUCCUCCUCCUUCAUCCUAAUAUAUAGUCCCCGUAUCUGCAAGGAGACGAAAAUGGAUCAUCCAUUCAUUCAUCAAUGUUACUUCAUUGCGCACACUUUCUGCCGUGUCGAUCCGGUCCCGAGAGUCCUCAUUCUCGAGUGAACGAGAAGAGGUGCAAGAAAUGCCUGAUAGAGAUAUCUCGAUACCGCUUCUCCUUCGUUAUAUCUGGUCUUACGAAGAUGCUGCAACGGGUCAACGAGCUGACACCGAGCACGAGCAGUCAGCGGCCGUUCCAACCCAAGGAUCAAGAUCGACAGGAGUCAAUCAUCAUCGUUCUGGACACGCUGGAGAAGUGCCUGGCGAACACACCGAAGGACACAACGAAAUUCGAGGAGGCGAUGAAUGUGAAGCUGCUGCUGCGGGAGAUAUGUCAGUUCAUAGGCAUGCCCUACGACAGCCCGCAGACGAAAAUGAUAAGGACGUUAGCGAGCAAAGUGCUGUUCGCUCUAAGCCUAACGUUCUUCAACGCGGUCUUCAACCGGAUAUCGGCCAGGCUUCAGGAACUGUCCAACAGCGGGGACGAGAAUCCAGACUGCAGCGACAUCGAGCUGAUGCAGUAUAUCAAUGUCGAUGUCUACAGAUUGACCAGGCUUCUGAACGAAACUAUACAGAAAAUCCGGCAACUAGUCGGCAAGAAGUCGGCGUAUCUCGUGCUUAUGAAUCCUCUGGAGAAGGCGAUCUGGAACUGGAUGGACACGUAUCCGCAUGAGUUCGCCGACGUGCAAAAGCAGCCUAAUGAGGAUCUUAGUAAGGCCUGCGAAGAGUUGUUCGACAUUCUCGACACGUUUGUCGUUGAGAAGAAGAGCCGCGCGGCCUCUGUUUGGCCGUUGCAGAUAAUGCUGCUGGUACUCUCGCCCAAGGUCCUGGAGAUCGUCAACACCGACACUAGGCCACCCGCGUCGCCACGAUAUUCGAGAAAGAAGCAGUUCAUCGAUAGCGUAAAGCGUAGUCUGCGAAUGCACGGCAGCUCCUCUAGUCGCCAACUGUCCGAGGCCGCGGCGAUCACGUGCGUCAAUCUCAUUAAGGCGGCCACGUAUGUCAACAACGCCGAAUCUAGCAACGUCGUCCUAACUCUAGCAAAGCAGCUGAUGGAUGAUCUGAUGAGCCUUCUUUUCAAUCCCUCGAAGCCAUUUUCACGCGGGCAGACGUACAGCGCGCAGGACGUCGAUCUGAUGAUCGACUUCUUCGUUAGCUCUUUCCGUAUCAAUCCGCAUAACAACGAAGUUUUUAAGUUUUGCCUGAAUGUCACGUACCCGUCAACGUACCAGUUCGUCUUGGUCAGCUCAUUAUACAAAAUCUUCACGCAACCGAGAUUACCGUGGUGGCCAGAGCGUAGUCUUGUAUAUUCGUACGGCACAAAACUCAGGAAUAUGUUUACCGAUACUCUGAACAAAGUGACACAGAACUGCAUGUGGAAUACGCCGCUGCGCAUGAUUCACAACUUUGCCCUCAAGCCUAAAGAGGAGAUAGCUAAUUCUAAGAACCUAUUGUUGGUGAUGGUGCGACUCAUUCACGUGGACCCUAUGUUAAUGUUGCACAGUUACGGCACAGCUGGCCAUGAAAUACAAAGGUCCACUUUAGAGUUGAUUAAUGGACUUGUCUCAUUAGUCCAUCAGCCCACGAUGCCGGACAUCGCCCACGAAGCGAUGGAGGCUUUGUUAGUGCUACACCACCCAGACAAGGUCAAAGCAUGGAAUCCAGAAGCGCCGCUCGACACUUUCUGGGAUGCCAGUUCGCAAGUCGUUUUCUCAAUCUCCCAGAAAUUGAUUCAACAUCAAAUUUUCAACUACACGACUAUACUUAAAUGGCUUCGUGAGAUACUGAGUUGUAGGAAUGCUUUUCUUUCUCAGUACAAAGAUUAUGGAAAUGUGGACAGCCAUAUUGCAAUCAGUAAACAAGCGCAUAUUAAACUUGAGGUCGUGUGCUUGAUGUAUUUAUGGAGUAUAGACAUGGAGGCUGUUUUAGUAUCCAUGUCUUGUUUUGCACUAUUAUGCGAAGAAGCGGAAAUUCUCUGUGGCAGCGACGAGGUAGCGGUGACCUGUUUGCUUCCGAAUUAUCACGUGUAUUUAGACGUGGCGCAAGCUUCGACCGUGUUGAUCUCUGCCCACGGGGAGAGUAGACUAUGUUAUCAGGAGUAUAAUCACGGGCGUGCUACGUUACAAAAAAGAAUAUUAUUCUUGUUGAGAAAGAUUGAACAUUGUGUGAAUGGUAUACAACCAGCUUGGGAGGAAACAUUUAGAAAUUGGGAAGCGACUUCGCGGCAAUUGGCUAGUUAUCCUAAAAGCAAGACUGAGGAUGUGCAGGUAGAGCCGUUUUGUCGCGGAAACGUAAAACGGAGAGCAGCACACCAGAAUUCGGAGCACGAAGUGGAAGAGCAAAUUAACGAGUGGGCCAACAUGACAGGGUUUCUUUGCGCUUUGGGCGGAGUAUGCUUGCAACGUCGUUCACCUAGUAGACCACCGUAUGACGUAUUCCCUUUUAAUCCCGAGCAUAAAAGGGGUUUGACGAAACAGCAGGAUUCCGUCUUGGGCUUAACAAAUUCGAAUCAAGAAGCGCAAUAUUGCCCAGUGACACAAUUCGUAUUCAACUUAUUACGAUUAUUAAUUUGCAACAACGAGAAACUUGGCAAUCAAAUACAGAAGCACGUGAAGGAGUUAGUCGCACAUGAGAUGAGUCCUGCCGUAUAUCCAAUAUUGUUCGAUCAGAUAAAAAAUUUCGUCGAGAAAUCCUUCGACCCACGUGGACACGUAGUGGUAUCGGAUUUAAACACGCAGUUCAUUGAACACACCAUAUUUAUAAUGAAAAAUAUUCUGGACUCAAAAACGGAUCAACCAUCGGAAUACCUCGGAGUGACCAGUAUUGAAGGCAUGAUGUUGGCAAUCGUUAGGUAUGUCAGGCAUUUAGACAUGACGGUACAUUCGAUUUGCAUCAAAACCAAAUUAUGCCAGCUGGUUGAAGCUAUGAUGAAGAGACGAGACGAUCUGGCAUUUAGACAGGAGUUGAAAUUUCGCAACAAACUAGUUGAAUAUUUGACCGAGUGGGUAAUGUGCAGGCAUCCUUUUUUUUCAACAACUGCCAACGAUAUUACAGCUUACACAAGAGAUUUGGAUCAAGCUUGCAUGGAGGCAGUAGGAGCAUUAUUGCGCGGACUUCCUCUUCAGCCUGAAGAUUCUGAUCGUGUUGAGUUGAUGGAAGCAAAGUCUGAACUAUUUUCGAAAUAUUUCAUACUCUUUAUGAAUUUAAUAAAUUACUGCAACGACCCAUCAUCAUCAUCAUCGGAGGACAAGGAUCUUGAGUCUCAGCAAUCGCCUACUUUAACGACUAACAAGCUAGCCACUUUGCGCAACACUACCAUUCAAGCUACGAGUAAUCUUCUCAGUGCAAAUAUAGACAGCGGCUUGAGACAUUCAAUACAUUUAGGCUAUAACGCGGAUCUUCAGACGCGAGUCGCAUUUAUGGAAGUGUUGACUAAAAUCCUUCAGCAGGGAACGGAGUUCGAUACCCUUGCUGAGACUGUCCUAGCAGACAGAUACGAGCAAUUAGUGCAACUCGUUACAAUGAUCAGUGAUAAAGGUGAAUUGCCUAUCGCCAUGGCAUUGGCCAAUGUAGUGACGACAAAUCAAAUGGAUGAGUUGGCGCGUGUCUUCGUGACACUGUUUGACGCAAAGCAUUUAUUGUCACCUCUAUUGUGGAAUAUGCUUUAUCGAGAGGUCGAGCUAACUGAUUGCAUACAGACUCUCUUUCGCGGUAAUACUCUGGGAAGUAAGAUAAUGUCAUUCUGCUUUAAAAUUUAUGGUACCAGCUAUUUGCAAGGCUUGCUUGAACCUCUGAUCAAACCUUUACUGGACGAGCCAACAAUUAGUUUUGAAGUAGACAGCGCAAGGAUUGAUCCUAACGAAAGUAUUGAACAAAACGGUGACAACUUAAUCACAUUGACACAAAAAGUGUUCAAUGCUAUCGUAUCAUCAUCAGAUACGUUUCCUCCGCAGCUGCGCUCGAUGUGUCACUGCCUGUAUCAAGUAUUAUGCAAGAGAUUUCCGCAAUCUCCGCAGAGCAACAUUGUGGCCGUAGGAACGGUGAUAUUUCUACGUUUCAUUAAUCCUGCCAUUGUCUCACCCCAAGAGAUGGGUAUCGUGAACAAACCGGUACCGUAUGAAGUCAAGCGAGGCCUCAUGCUUAUGUCAAAGAUAUUGCAGAAUAUUGCAAAUCACGUAGAGUUCAGCAAGGAGCAACAUAUGUUGCCUUUCAACGAUUUUUUGAGAACGAAUUUCGAGAUCGGUCGACGAUUCAUCAUACAGAUAGCAUCGGAUUGCGAAACGGUCGAUCAAACCAGCCAUCCUAUGUCAUUUGUUUCGGAUGCCAAUGUCUUAGCAUUGCACAGGUUGUUGUGGAAUCAUCAGGAAAAAAUUGGAGACUAUCUUAGUAGUAGUAGAGACCACAAAGCUGUCGGAAGGAGACCAUUUGACAAGAUGGCUACGUUAUUAGCGUAUCUUGGUCCACCUGAGCACAAGCCGGUGGAUUCUCACUCGCUCUUUUCGACUACUUACAUGCCUAUGUCACGAUGGGCGAGCAAAGACAUGUCGUCGACUAAUUUUGAAGAGAUCAUGAUGAAGCAUAAUAUGCAUGAGACAGAGGAAUUUAAAAGCAUCCAGAGUAUGAAUAUCUUUUAUCAAGCGGGCACCAGCAAGCAAGGCUAUCCAGUAUUUUACUACAUUGCACGACGAUUCAAACUUGGCGAAACGAACGGCGAUCUGCUGAUAUAUCACGUUAUUCUAACAUUAAAACCCUUCCAUCACUCUCCGUACGACGUAGUCGUCGAUUUCACUCACACGUGUGUAGAUAAUCGGUUUAGGGUAGAAUUUUUGCAAAAGUGGUUUUGCGUUCUACCUGUGGCAACCUAUGAAAAUCUCCACGCAGUUUACAUUUACAAUUGUAAUUCGUGGGUACGCGAAUUCACAAAGUAUUAUGAUAGUAUCGUGGCGCCGUUGAAAGGUAAUCGAAAGAUUGUCUUCAUCGACGGCCAAGGGAAAUUAAGUGACGUGAUCGAUGUCGAGCAACUGAAAUUACCCGGAGCGACAUUAUCCCUGGACGAAGACUUGAAAGUGUUCACCGGCGCCUUGAAACUAGCUCACAAAGAGCUGAGAGUAUCUGUGAAGAUCGGACCAACGACGUUCCAAGUAAUGCAUACUGAUAGAGCUAAAGUGUUAUCGCAUUGGGUUCUCUUAAAUGACAUCUAUUAUGCGUCCGAAAUAGAAGAUGUUUGUCUGUUGGACGACAAUUCAUUUGUGCUGACCAUUUCCAUCGAAUCGGUACCUCUGACUUUUGCCCACAACGAUUGCGACAGCAUUGUGCAGAAUAUAAUUCACAUCAGGAAUCGUUGGGUGCUGUCGCAGCCGGACUCUGUGUCCGUUCACUCGAAAAUCAGGCCUAAGGAUGUGCCCGGUACCCUUUUGAACAUGGCCUUACUGAAUCUCGGUAGUCCGGACCCCAAUCUUCGGACUGCCGCGUAUAACCACCUGUGCGCGCUCACAGCGACAUUUGGCUUGAAAAUAGAGGGUCAACUGUUGGAAACAUCUGGUAUUUGCAUACCAUCGAAUAACACCAUAUUCAUAAAGCAUUUGAGUGAGACCUUGGCGGCGAACGAUCCGCAUCUCACGCUCGAAUUUCUUAAGGAAUGCUUACAAGGCUUCAGGGCGUCGACUAUCGAGCUGAAGCAUUUAUGCCUUGAAUAUAUGACACCGUGGCUCAGCAAUCUCGUGCGAUUUUACAAACCGCGCGAUGAAGGCGGUAAGCGGCAGAAGCAAGUUAUAGAUAUCCUGGACGAUUUGAUUACGUUGACUGUCCAGGAGACUGCAAUGUAUCCGAGUAUACAGGCGAAGAUCUGGAGUACGAUUGGUAUGUUGCCGGAACUGAUUGACGUUGUUCUCGAUAUUUUUCUUCAACGCAGCGCGCGAUAUGGCUUAGGCUCGCCGGAAACGGCGAGAUCCGCCGAGAUCAUGGCGGAUACUGCAGUCGCUCUGGCGUCCGGUAACGUGCAAUUGGUCGCCAAGAAACUAAUAAAUAAGGUAUGUCGAAUAGUGGACAAGACAUGCAUGUCGCCGACGUCGCAGCUGGAGCAGCAUGUAAGGUGGAGUGAUAUAGCAAUCCUGGCGAGAUAUCUCCUGAUGUUGUCCUUUAAUAACUGUCUGGAUGUAGGAAAACACUUGCCGUACAUUUUUCACACGGUGACGUUGCUCGUAUGCUCCGGCAGUUUGACCAUGCGAGCUUCCACUCAUGGUUUGGUGAUCAACAGUAUUCACUCGUUGUGCACAUGCAGUUCGCCUUCGUUCUCCGAAGAUACACAUAGAAUACUACGGAUGAGCCUAGACGAAUUCUCAUUGCCCAAGUUUUACCUACUGUUUGGCAUCAGCAAGGUGAAAUCCGCCGCUGGCACGGCUUUCUACGAACAUUCAAAAUCCAGCUGUAAACACGCGAAUGGGGGUGAAAAGUGGCUCAGUAGCGAGAGAAGCGCGCACGGGACACAGGACAAGGAGAGACUUUAUUUAACCAGUUUGGAAGUCAUAACUGACGCUCUUCUGGAGAUCAUGGAGGCUUGCAUGCGAGACAUUCCUAAGUGCGAUUGGUUAAAAACGUGGACAUUGUUAGCGAAGAACUUUGCCUUCUGCUUAAAUCCGGCUUUGCAGCCAAGAGCUCUCAUCGUCUUCGGUUGUAUCAGCAAAAGUAUAACGGAUCAAGACAUGAGGCAACUACUGAAGAUACUGAUGAAGGCGCUCGAAAGUUUCAACGAUAUUAAUCUUAUAGAGGCUAUUGUUAUGUGCUUAACCCGAUUGCAACCUCUUCUGAGACCCGAAUCGCCAAUACACAGGCAUUUAUUCUGGAUUGCCACGUCCGUUCUCGAAUUAGAUGAAGCAUCGUUAUACGCAUCCGGCCUAGCCCUUCUCGAGCAGAACUUGCACACACUUGACUCACAAGGCACUUUCGACGAAAAGACAUUAGAAUACGUAAUGAUGACAACGCGUGAACCUUUGGAAUAUCAGUUUAAACAAUUAGAUCAUGCUGUGGGUUUGUCCUUUAAGUCUAACUUUCAUUUCGCGCUGGUCGGUCAUCUUCUGAAAGGCUACAGGCAUCGUACGCCGACUACAGUCACCAGGACGGUCAGAGUAUUGACUAUGUUACUGGCAAUCGUAGCUAAACCUUCCAAAAGGGAUAAAUUUGAAGUAACGCCUGAAAGUAUCCCUUACUUGACCGCGUUAGUGGCUGUGUCAGAAGAGGUUCGUAGCAGAUGUCACAUCCGACACUCGCUCGACAAAAGCUUGCACGAUUCAUCAGGCAGUUCGGACGUUCUCGAUACUCUGCCAUCGCGCAAUACGGAUAUGCCUGGAGCUUCUAAUCCUACGAGUAGAAGACAGAAGACCUGGGAUUUACUGGAUCAAUCGGCGCUUACUCAAGCGAAACAACAAAAACAAUCUGCGCAGACUGGCCGGCUUUUAUUUAAAUCGCAGCGAUCCUUGAGCGUGCCGAGCGCAAAGGACGACAAGUCAGCGGACAACGCGGAGCAACAGAGAGAUCGUAGCACCAGAGUGAGCCUAAGCAACGAAAAUAACGUCUUACUCGAUCCGGAAGUAUUAACGGAUUUUUCAACGCAGACUUUGGUGCUGACCAUGCUGGCCACGCUAGUCAAGUAUUCCACCAAUGAAAACGAAACGCGGAUUCUUUAUGAAUACCUGGCAGAAGCAACAGUAGUUUUCCCUAAAGUUUUUCCAGUCGUACAUAACUUACUCGACGCAAAGAUCAAUAGCGUAUUGUCUUCUUGUCAUGACCAAGCGAUACUGAAUGCCGUUCAAACUAUUAUACAGAACAUGAUAGCCUGCGAAGAUACGAACCAGCAACAUCAUUUGCAACACUAUUUGCAAAGCUGCGGAUUCCGCGGUCUUUGGAGGUUCGCAGGGCCUUACCCAGACUCAGACUCAACACAAAUGGUGUCAAACUGUACGCCCGAGAGUGCUGAAUUGUUUGUGAAUUGUCUGAGGGCAAUGGUGGAAAUGUGUUUGAUGAUGCAAGAAUCGAAUAGUAAAGAAACAGUUAUCGGGAAGAGUAAACGCGCCGGCAGCUGUCAAUCGGAUUUUGCGUCGAAAACAAGACCACCUGCUGGAAUUGUCCAAGAACAAUCUCGUGUAUCAACAGAGAUCGACGCUUCUUCCGUUCAUGUAAAUCAUGGUACGGAUAGCAAGCGAAGCAACUCGGUUGAUGGGAAUCAAACUGAGAAUAUGGGUGGUGGUGAUGGUGGCGGCGGUUCACAACCUUAGCAAUUAAUUUGUGAUACUGGCAGGCAAUGCGAUAAAAGUGUGCGUAAGAAACAAAAUAAUCGAAAGUUGCAACGGCAAAUGAGAUGUGUGAACUCUAAAUAAUCGCUUUGUAAAUAUAGAACCUCGCACACGUUUAUUCCGUGUUAUUGCUGUAACAUGUUCAGUCAGUUUAGUACAAUGCCGUCCACAUCAUGAUAAUGAGCCUACAGAAGUGGAAGUCGAUGAAAGCUAUGUUUUUGAAGAACGUUAUUUUAUUUCUAUUAGCGAUAUUGCGAUAUUGACGUUCUUUUUAAACUUGUGAUCAUUUUAUUAAUUAAUCGUACAAACGUUGCUGUCUCAAUGUGACAAUUUUAUUACGACAGUUUCAUUACGAGAUUCAAAUGCAUGAAUAUUAUAUAUAGCAUAUAUGUUGCUAACGCUUUUACAACGAACUUGGAAAACUUGCGUUGUAAACAUGAAUUUCCUCGCUAUAUACCGUAAAAUUGGAUUUUAGCGAAUUAGAACAUUUAGUGCAUUUCGUCGUGAUUCAGCGUUCAUAAACAUAGAAAAUGACUUACGGUAUAUGGUAUAUAUCAGUUUUUUUCAUCAACAACGAGUAUUACAUAUGUUCGAUAUUUUCUUCAUAAUUGCACGUAUAAUUUAUUGACUGAUUCUAUUAUGGUCGCAAUACGAUACAUAUACAGUGAAGAAUCUCAAUGGUCCAUAGAGAAUCAACCGCGAGAAGUAGAAUAGAUAGAUAAAAAUUUAUUAAGGAUCGUUCGCAAUUUUUUCAUUAUAUAGAAAUUUUAACUAUAAGGCGCUUCUACUGCAAGAGAAUAUAUCGGAUAUAUCGUCUACGAUUUAUUUUUAAGCGAUCAGUUGUAAAACACCGCAAACAAUUUUAUUAUUCUACUUACGAAAGAAUCUCUGUUGGUCCUCUAAGGCCCAAGAAAUGCGGUUGCGCUAGAUAUAACUUUCUACGCAAAAACCGCUCGCUCCUUCUCAUAUGCCGUUGCAUAUAGAUCUCAACAAUGCAAAGAUGACUUGGACCAGUGACGCCUGUCGUUCUCAAGGCGUUCGAAGCCCCAGGACGAAUAAUUUCUAGACUCAACUCAUAAAAAGGAACACCAAUGUAAAAGUGUAUAUUGUCUACUACUUAUUAAAGUACAAAGUGAGACCAAGCGAUAUCUUGUCCGUACUGUAACGUAAGCCGGGACAUUUUAGUAAUAAGGAGAAAGGAAUAGGAGAAUAGCGCGUAAAUUGAUAGAUCUCGCACUUGUGUUAGCAGCAAUGAAUACCAAGUGCCAGGGAUCGUAUUGAAAUAGUAUUUUGUAGGAUGUAUCGCGAAGAUUACUCGCCCAUUUUUAUUUAAAUUUCAUUUAUUUAUUUAGAUGAAACUUCUUUUGACGCGCCAUAGCAAGUGUGACAUAUAUGUAUAAAUAGCGACAUGUCAGAUUGAGAAACGUGGAAAUGAUAUUUUUGUGCGGCUAUGCAGAAUGAAUAGCAGCUUCUCAACGGCACUAGAGUGAUUGUUAGGAGUUUGAGAGAUGUAUUUGUACAUAGUGCGUUGUAUAAUGUUUACACAAUUGUGGCGACUUUGUAAGUUGAUUUUGUUCGUCUGUAUUUUUAGACAAAUUUUUAGAGACGCCCGACGCGUCGUAGGAAAUGGACAAAUUUCCGAAUUAAUGCGCUGAUUUCAACGUAUAGAGCUUCUUUCGAGCUUGUACUUAACAUGAAUAAAUGUACGUUCAAGUCAUUAAUUACUAUUAUAUGAGCUUUGAUCUUAUUAAGGCUACGUUCCGAUAUUUACUGGCAAUACUGAAAAUCUAUAGUAUACGACUAUAUGUGACGUAAAAUAUAGAAAAAUAUAGAUUUUCAGUACUGACAGUGAAUAUUGGAAUGCAGCCUUUACGUUUACGUGCGCUAGUCAUAUUUGAAAACAUUGAAAAGCUCUCGCGAAGUAAUUUUUUUAUAAUGUUUUUUUUUUACAUAUAGUCUGUAUUCCUACUGAAUUUUUGUUAACUUUGUCAGUCUGAUAAUCACCGUGAGAUGUAUAAGCUGAUUUUAAAUUAAUCAUUUCUUCAUUAAUGAGUACUGAUUCAUUCAUAUUCGCUAAUUUUAAUUCGCGCAGUUCGGGUUUGUUAAGCACAUCCGUAACUGCCGUAUUAUCACACGCUUUUUGUUGUCUUUUACCAAAGGUGUAAAUCUGUAAAUCGUCUCUAGGCUGCGUUAGGUAAGGCGAUUAAUUUAUUAACAGUUACAAUUAAGAAAAAUUGUGCACACAUGAAGUGUACAAUUAAGAAAAAUAGACCAUAAUCGUAAUCGCUUAACAUGUAUAUGUAUGCGUCGUAUUCGGAUUUGUCAUCAGUUCGGCAUUUUCCUUUCGGACCUCGAGUUUCCGCGAUACUUCUAUAUAGAGCGUGUUAUUACGAUAAAUUUGUAAAUACCAUAAAAUUCUAGCGUGUAAAGAUUGAUGAACGAGUAGUUGUACGUCGGACUAGCGAGCAUUCGUCUAUAAAUUUAAAAAGAUAAUGUAUACGCAUAUUUUUUUAGCUUACACACGGCGCGAUUUAUGGAUAUGAAAAAAUAAGGGAGGGUUGUUGAUUUUUUAAAUCACGCAUAAAUUUCGAAUCAAUUGUUUUUUUUUUACUGCACGUUGUAUUGUAUCAGCAAUUUAAUUUCGAAGCAACAUUAUAUCGAUAUUAAUCGAGUAUACAUCUUUUCACAUGUUUUGAUUAUGUUCGAUUUGCCAUGCUGUUAAAAACUUUUGUACUGCAUACAUACAGAAGUUAGUGUAUAUGACGCUAUUAAAGUAGAGUGCACGAGCGUCCGACAGUACUGUAUGCACGUGUGCGAGUAAAGGCCAAAGAGUGCGUGUAUAUGUAAGAACAUAAAAUGUAAUAAUGUUUAACGGAUCGUGAUACGCGCACAAGAUAGUUAAAUGUACGAUAGCUCCGGCGAACCUUCGAUUCGCGCGGUCGGCAUUAAGCGUUAUUUUUCUCUUCGAUCGAAUCUCUUCACGACGUGAUUAUCUGGCCUUUCUACGAAUGCAAUGAGAUAAUUUUUUGUGUAAAUAUAUCCACGAGAUUAAAACGCUGUUUGUUAAACUAUAA